AUGUCACUACAAACCCUCCCUCCCGAGCUCCUUUUGCAGAUCGCCUCUUACAUCCAGUCACAACCCUUCUCCCCCUCCAGCGGCGAGUGGAUCCCACGCUUCUCCGCGGCACUGCAGAAAACCCAGCUUGUCUGGUCCCCCCUAACCCCACCGAGCACCCCCGUGCUCACAGUCCUCGCCCUCUCCAGCGCCAGUACGCGCCUCCAAGCCGUGCUCCUCCCCGUGUUCAUCCGUGCGGCAGCGCCCGCCACGAUCCAGGGCCGGCAGUGGGUGCUGCACUACUGGCUCGCGCGGCUCGGGCGGCCGUCCGUACUAGCCGCACUGCUGCGCGCCGGCGCCGACGUGGCCGCGCUUGACCACGCGGGGCGCACACCGUUCCUGGCUGCGGCGGCGGCGGGCGAUGGUGCAGUGGCGCAUGCGCGCCUGCUGCUUGCUGCGGGCGCGGUGGUGGAUCCGGGCGCGAUCUGUGUUGCGCGGGGGGUGGACAUGGUGACAUUCCUGGUUGCGGAGGCGGGCGCGGAUGUGGAUUUUGUGGGUGUGGAUGGGUGGGGUGCCGUACAUGCCGCGGCGAAGCGGGGGGAUGUUCAGGUGCUACGGGCGCUGCUGGGGUUGGGGGCGCGGUUGGAUACUGGGAAGAGAUCGCCGGUGGAGGUUGCGGUGGAGUGCAGGCGGCACGGCGCGCUGGCGGUCUUGUUACGGGCGGGCGCGGAGGCGACGGAUAGCGCGCUGAGAGCGGCGGUCGGCAAUGGCGAUGCGGAGGCGGUAAGACUGCUGGUGGGGAGUGGGGCGCGCGUUAAUUCCCGCCAUUUAGGCGUGCGCACGCCGGUGCAGAUCGCGGUGGCGCUGGAGGAUGAGGACGCGGCGUUGGGUGUGGUGGAGGCUAUGCUCCUAACCUGCUCCGACGACGACCACGACGACUGCCGCCCAGAUUUUACAACGCAGAUCUCGGCGCAGGCGCCGGCGGCGGUGGUGAUCGCCGCGGGGAAGGGGCAUACGCGGCUGCUCGCGUGGAUUCUGGAAAGGGAUUGGGGGGCGAGGGAGGUUUAUGGCAAGGCGGUGUUGAAGGGUGAGGUAAGGGCUUUAAGGUGCGGCGUUGAGGCUAAAGGGAAGGGGAAGUGGUGCGAGUAUACUGAGAUCGUCGCGGCAAGGAGGCGGUAUAAGUGGAAAGGUGUAUAUAAUGGCUUUGGGAAUGGUGUAUCGGGGAUCGUGGGGCCGACGUAUGAUAAUGAUAUCUCGCACAGGAUCUUGGAGUGGCGGAGACAGGCGGGCGAGUUGUAA